AUGGCGAACGCCAGGAGGGCGUUUGCGUUUCCGAGUGCGAGAGCGCAGAGUCAUCGGCUGCAGUGCUUUGCAAGGCCAUUAUUAGCGCACAAGCAAUUCUCUGUAUCGGCCAGGCUCUCAUCGGCUGAUGUAUUCCAUUCGCAACUUCAAGACCCUUCCUACGCCGCAAUCCACUCCGCGAUCAAAUCGAAUACCCUCGUUCCCCAAACCCUGACCGAGAAGAUUGUUCAGAAAUAUUCUGUUGGCCUAGCAGAGGGCAAGUUUGUCCGAUCAGGGGACUAUGUUACCAUAUCGCCGCACCGGAUAAUGACACACGAUAACAGCUGGCCUGUUGCGUUGAAAUUCAUGUCCAUUGGAGCGUCCAAGCUGAAAGACUCGAACCAGAUUGUUAUGACCCUGGACCACGAUGUGCAAAACAAAUCAGAAAAGAACCUACAGAAAUACGAGCAAAUUGAGCAGUUUGCAAAAAAACAUGGCGUUGAUUUCUACCCUGCUGGAAGAGGCAUUGGGCAUCAAAUCAUGGUCGAGGAGGGUUAUGCUUGGCCAGGGACCUUGGUGGUAGCUUCUGACAGCCAUUCGAAUAUGUACGGAGGAGUAGGAUGCCUAGGGACACCAGUGGUAAGGACUGAUGCAGCCAGUAUCUGGGCCACUGGAAAGACCUGGUGGCAGGUGCCUCCGGUUGCGAGGGUGAACUUUACUGGAGUCUUGCCCAAAGGGGUUACUGGAAAGGAUGUCAUAGUGGCACUCUGCGGAUUGUUUAACAAUGACGAAGUUCUUAAUCACGCCAUUGAGUUUACUGGGUCGGAAGAGACAAUGCGCAGCUUGGAAAUCGAUGAUAGACUGACGAUAGCGAACAUGACUACGGAAUUCGGAGCUCUUAGCGGUCUAUUUCCCGUGGACUCUAUGCUAAAGGGAUGGUUACGAGCAAAGGCGACUACUGCAGCCAUGUGGGGGUCAACUGUUCCGGAUCUUCCUAGCACAGCCGCCACUAGAUUUAACCAUGAACUCCUAGAAGAGAUGUUCGAGCAGCCUUUAGUCGCGGAUAAGGGGGCUAAGUAUGCCAAGCAGCUCCAUCUCGAUCUAUCCACCCUUACCCCGUAUGUCUCAGGGCCCAACUCCGUCAAGGUAGCAACACCCUUGGAUGAACUCGAGGCUCAAAAUAUCAAAGUCGACAAAGCAUAUCUGGUAUCUUGCACAAACUCGAGAGCUUCGGAUAUUGCUGCUGCUGCGAAGGUUUUCAAGGAAGUAGCGGAGAAGAACGACGGUAAAGUUCCAAAGAUUGCGGAUGGUGUUAAAUUUUACAUUGCAGCUGCGUCAAUUCCAGAACAACGCGCGGCGGAAGAAGCGGGUGACUGGCAGACUCUUCUCGAGGCCGGUGCAGAACCCUUGCCUGCUGGUUGUGGACCAUGCAUUGGCCUUGGAACCGGCUUGUUGGAGCCCGGGGAAGUUGGUAUUAGUGCAUCAAACCGUAACUUUAAGGGCCGAAUGGGUAGCACAGAAGCAAAAGCCUACCUUGGUAGCCCUGAGGUCGUUGCUGCUAGUGCCCUGAAUGGGAAGUUAAGUGGACCAGGAUGGUACGAAAAACCCGAAGGCUGGAACGGAGUUGUCCGUGGAGAAGGCGAGGGUAUCAAGGACGACGACCUCUUGACAGCCGAACAGGCUCUUGAAAAGGUAAUUGGACAGCUAGAUACCAUGCUUCUUGAUGCCGAAAAGGCGUUUGGCGCUGAAGAACCACAAGCACAGCCGGAAGAAACCUCCACCGGCCUGACCGAGGUAUACCCAGGUUUUCCUGAACGUGUCUCAGGGGAAAUCAUCUUCUGUGAUAGUGACAACAUCAACACAGAUGGCAUUUACCCUGGAAAAUACACAUACCAAGACAACGUCACGGUUGAGCAGAUGGGCGAGUACUGCAUGUCCAACUACGAUACCGAGUUCUCUAAGGUAUCAAAACCUGGAGAUAUCCUCGUGACUGGUUACAACUUUGGUUGUGGAAGCUCCCGCGAGCAAGCUGCCACUGCUAUUCUCGCCCGUAACAUCCCGCUUGUGGUUGCAGGCAGCUUCGGCAAUAUUUUCUCCAGGAAUAGCAUCAACAAUGCCCUCAUGGGAUUAGAAGUCCCUCGCCUCGUCAGCAGGCUGCGUGAGACGUUUGCGGGACAAGGCAAGCAGGCAACUCGACGAACCGGCUGGACUUUGACCUGGGACGUACGACGAAGCCAAAUUGAAGUUCAAGAAGGCCCUGAUGGCCAGAAAUGGACACAGAAGGUUGGGGAGCUGCCUCCGAACGUACAAGAGAUCAUUGCCCUUGGAGGCUUGGAGAAAUGGGUGAAAAAUUCCAUUUCUGCCUCCUCUUAG